GAUGUGAAUAGGAAGUACUGAUUGACAGGUUAUCAGGUUGUGUUUUACUGCUCUAAAAACACAAUAUAAUGUAAUAGUGUUAGAUGUUAUGUCCUACUAGUUGAUUUGAAUACUUUGCAGCAGUAAUUGGUAGUUUAUGUGAAUGCAGUUUAAUAUGAUGCCCCAAUACUGUUUUGUUGUUUGAGAUUUUAUAUAAUCUUUGUCUGGUAAACUAUUAUCUAACAUGCAAAGUAGCUGGUUUAAAUGCAUCAAAUGCCUGUUUCAAUCUGUAUAUACCUUCAAAUUUUUGCCCUAUGCUUAGAGCUCUUGAUCCUCUCAACAAUAUCUAACAAUUAUACAACAAUAUAUGGUAGAUACAUAAUAUAACACAAUACUUUUGACAAACUUUUUUUUUCAAGUUAUCAAAAUGCAAACAGACUUCUCUUUCUUCAGCAUCAUCACAGUCAAUAUUAUUUCAGAUAUCACAACUGAAAAUAAAGAGUCAUUUAAAGAAUAUGAUUGCUAAUAAGCAUUCCAGACACUGGCUGACAUUGGUUCAUCUUUGAAGGCUUGGCCUGGCCAAUAUUUGGCUUUUUUUAAGUCUCGGUCAAUUAUAGUUGGUUCUUGUGUCAAAACAGAGCGAUACACAGUUUUGGUGCGUGUCUACAUACCACAGUGUCAGUUUAAGAAAUCGCAUGACCAGGCUUUCUUAUCAUUAUCUACAUAAACAGCUUGUGACUUUAGCAGCACAUACGUGACAGGCCUCACGUUGUAAUUUCAGAUGUAAACCACUAGAGGGAGAACGCAGCGCACUAACAAUGUUAAACUAAAGAAGCGAAUCCACCGCCAGAGGGCGUUGCGUCAACUUUACUUCGCUGCUAACAAAGAAACAAGUUGUUUUGCUCAUAAAAGUACGAGAAAAGUGCUUUUGCAUUUUUUGUUUGACCACCUUAAUAUUUUUGGCAGUUCAUACGCUUUCUGCAGUGCGACUGAAAUGGCUUCAAGUGUUUGUUUAACUUAUUUAUUGUGCAAAAGUUGUUCGCAUAUACGCGCAUCUUUCAGAAAAAUAACACGGAACGAACCCGUUCUUGUUUUGAUGAAUUUCUUCACUGGGAGGUUCCUCUCCUUUGGGCAUGCUCAGUCAGUUUGUUUUUGUCUAAGAACCUGUAAGCAUCAAUCAUCCGAUCUCUCUCUCUCUCUCUCUCUCUCCAUCCACGCCCAGUUAAGAUGUUUAUGAGCAGGCAGCGAUUCCUGCAUUAGGUCUAUGAUAAAAUCAGUAAGACCGCCCACACGAGUUUAAAGGCCCUUCGGGGAACAUGCAAAGCUUCAGUUUUGUUUUGAACCUGACGGAAGAGUAGCUUGCACUUGAAUGCACGCUCGCGCUCUUUGUUUGACUUAGACAUACUUCAAGGGCUGCAUUUGGGAAACAGCAAAGAUGAUUUUCGACAAGCUGAAAAAGAUCGACAUAGUGUUUGAUUCUCCGGAGCUGGACUCUGUUCCGGUGUUCAGCAGCGGAGAUGUGGUCUCAGGGAAGGUUGUGCUCGAGCUCUCGGGGGAGACUAAAGUGCAGUCGCUGAAGUUGCAUGCAGAAGGUUUCGCUCAAGUGCACUGGACCGAGUCUCGCAGCGCAGGCUCGAGCACCGCUUACACGCAGAACUACAGCGAUGAAGUGGAGUACCUGAACCGGAGAGAAGUUCUGCUGCAGGCAGAUAACGGUGAGCUGACCGUCCUGUCUGCCGGGAGACACGAGUACCCUUUCAGUUUCCAGCUGCCAGAGGAAACUCUAGUGACAUCUUUUGAGGGCAAGCACGGCAGCAUUCGGUACUGGGUGAAGGUUAAGCUGCAUCGCCCAUGGGCCACCGUCAAGAAGAUCAAGAAAGAGUUCACGGUUAUCGAGCCCAUUGACAUCAACACACCAAGUUUGCUGGCGCCUCAAGCUGGAACCAAGGAGAAGAUGGCUCGCAUUUGGUACCGCAACUGCGGGCAGGUGUCGAUCACCGCAAAGAUCGACCGCAAGGGCUACACGCCGGGUGAAGUGAUUCCAGUCUUCGCUGAAUUCGAUAACUCCACGUCUCGCUCCGUGGUGCCGAGAGCUUACAUCACCCAGACACAGACCUUCAUCGCGAGGGGAACCAUGAAGCAGAAGAGGGCCGUGGUGGCCACGUUGUGCGGGGACAUAGUUGGUGCACGCCAUAGAGAGACGUGGCACGGCCGCGCCAUCAAAAUCCCUCCAGUCGGGCCCUCCAUCCAGCAGUGUCGCAUCAUUAAAGUGGAAUACGUGCUCAGGGUGUGUGUUGAUGUUCCUGGGACGUCCAAACUUUCCCUGGAGCUUCCUUUGGUUAUGGGCACCAUCCCUUUGCAUCCAUUCGGCAGCCGUACGUCUAGCGUGAGCAGCCAGUACAGCGUGAACAUGGAGUGGCUUCGCAUGGCCAUCCCUGAGCAGCCUGAGCCUCCUCCAGAUUACAGCACUGUUGUGUCAGAUGAGGAAGCGGUCCAGAGCUCCACAGCAGUCCAGCCUGAGGAAGAUCUCAGCGGCGUGCUGCAGCGCUCCCUCAUGGCCUACGUGCAGGAGUUCAGAUUACGCCCGCCUCCGGUGUACAGCGAGGUGGACCCAAACCCUCAGCCCCUCACCAUGCGUCCUCGCUGCAUGACCUGUUGAACUCUCUGUCAGCUGAGCAUCACCUGAUGUUUGUAACAAAAGCUGAGAUUUAAUUCUCCUGGACGUCUCUCUGAGACUGAGAUUGGCACUUGAUCCUCGUUUCGAGCCGUUCGCAUCUGUGCUUCCAGCAGCGGGGCAAAGAGAGAGGAGGAGAUGUCUGGACUAGGCGAGGACGAGCGCUUUCAUCAAACAAAGAGCACAUUCAGUACCAGGCAGAACAAAGGUUCUGCCCACGUUUGUGUCCCAAAGAGCGAUCAGACUCUGGUCUGUGCCUCAAACCAUUGUUUGUAGAAUCAGGGAAAUCUGGUAUGAUCACUAGAAAAUUAUGGGUGAGAAGCCAUUAAGAGAUGCUACCCAUAGUGCCUUAUUUUGCUGUGAAUGAGGGCCGAGUCCCUUUUAACCAGCUGCAGUCUGCCACCAUAGAUGUUCGCAUGCAUGUGAUGAAACUGUCAUCGUAUGCACAUCUUUCGGUGUCAGUGUUCGCCAAAGAGAUCGGUUUAACAUUCAUGUGAAUGGGUGAUUCUAUUCAAAAGGGGAAAACUAGAGCUUUAAGGGGGGAAUUGCAAAUCCUGGAAGUAGAAAAAUCCUUUCCCCCCCUCUUGGAGUUGAUGUUAUGUUGGUAUAAGUUUCAUCUGGAGCCUGAGACCUGGAAGCUCUUAAUGUCUCGCUGAAUGUAAACCACAGAUAACUUUUGAGCAAAACUGUUGUUUUUCUUCAUUCUUUUUACUGUGACUUGUGGUCAUGCAGGUCUCAAGGAGCCCUUGAAGGUUAGCUUUACGAAGGACAGAGCCAUGUGUACCCAAGGUGCCUUUUUAGUUGAUUUAGAUGAAACGAUGAAUGACUUACAGGGAUUGUGUCAUGUUAACCUUUCCUAAUGUUGCGACUCCCUGAAGUGUCCUUACACACACAUUCCAAAAAUACCACAGACUCGCUUCAUUUCCAGGUUAUGAGAAAGUGUACCUUCAGGUUUAAACAUAAUGAUUGUAUUUUUGUUGUUGAAUUUUGUGACAAGAAUAUUUUUUGUUAAUCGAUUUUAAGUAAAUAAAAAGGAAAAAUGAUACAUUUGAA